CCCAUCUGCAGAGGAAUGCAAGAGCCUCCCCGAGCGGGAGCAGCCAGCGGGAGCCGGGAGCCAGCGGGAAGAAAGGCCCUGCCUGCGUUUCUGGGACGGCGGUUUGUUCCGAGGAAGCCUCCUCUGCCUUAGAACAUUGUUCCGGUGGAAAGUAUUGAAUUCUUGCCCUCGCAGAGCUGGUUUCUCCGGGUCACUUGACUUUUCCAUUGGGAGUGGGAGGAGGGAGAGACUCCCCCUUCCCAGGGCUGCCAAGAAAGGGAGGAAGACUAUGGACAGAGCCCCACGUUCCUUGCCCACAGGCAAUGCCGGGAGACCCCGCGGGGCAGUUCCUGGGUCAUGGACACUGCUCUGAAGAAGGGGAGGCUGGACAGAGUCUGUGGAUGCUGAGACCCUGCCGCAGGGGCCCCUGAGACGGCACUGUGUAAUAGGCAUCGAGCUGCUGGUGCAUUUUUGGUCACCCUGGUCUAGAACACGGCCCUCUCCUUCCCAUCUUUAUCCACCAGCAGCACCACCAUGGCGCUGAAAGGUCGAGCCCUGUAUGACUUUCACAGCGAGACUGAGGGGGAAAUCAGCAUCCGGCAGGAUGAGGACCUGGUAGUCUUCAGUGAGACCUCCCUGGAUGGCUGGCUUCAGGGGCAGAACAGCCGUGGGGAGAUGGGGCUGUUUCCUGCCUCCUAUGUGGAGAUCAUCCGUCCUGGCAUCGGUGCCAACCAUGGUGACUACCCCAGCAGCCCUGCAGGGUCUCUGGGUACCCAGGUGAGCGCCUAUGACAGCUUUAGCCCAGCCAGGAGUGGUGGGGGCAGUGGCUUCUUCUCGAACCCAGGCAGCUUCGAGGAGGACGAUGAUGAUGACUGGGAUGACUGGGAUGAUGGGUGUACGGUGGUGGAGGAGCCUCGGGGUGCUGGGCUGGGUACCAAUGGGCACCCCCCACUCAACCUUUCCUACCCGGGUGCCUACCCCAGCCAGCACAUGGCUCUCCGGCCCAAGCCACCCCUGGAGCGGCAAGACAGCCUGGCAUCUGCCAAGCGGGGCAGCAUGGUGGGCCGCAACCUUAACCGCUUUUCCUGCUUCGUGCGCUCUGGUGUGGAAGCCUUCAUCCUUGGAGAUGUGCCUAUGAUGGCCAAGAUUGCCGAGACUUACUCCAUCGAAAUGGGCCCCCGCGGCCCCCAGUGGAAGGCCAACCCCCAUCCAUUUGCCUGCUCCGUGGAGGACCCCACCAAACAGACCAAGUUCAAAGGCAUCAAAAGCUACAUUUCCUAUAAACUCACUCCCACCCACUCAGGCUCACCUGUCUACCGGCGCUACAAACACUUUGACUGGCUCUACAACCGCCUGCUGCACAAGUUCACGGUCAUCUCUGUCCCCCACCUGCCUGAGAAGCAGGCCACUGGCCGCUUCGAGGAGGACUUCAUCGAGAAACGCAAGCGGCGACUCAUCCUCUGGAUGGACCACAUGACCAGCCACCCCGUGCUCUCUCAGUACGAGGGCUUCCAGCAUUUCCUCAGCUGCCUGGACGACAAGCAGUGGAAGAUGGGUAAGCGCCGUGCAGAGAAGGAUGAGAUGGUGGGCGCCAGCUUCCUGCUCACCUUACAGAUCCCCACAGAGCACCAGGACCUGCAGGAUGUGGAGGACCGUGUGGACACUUUCAAGGCCUUCAGCAAGAAGAUGGAUGACAGUGUUCUGCAGCUCAGCACUGUGGCAUCGGAGCUCGUGCGCAAGCAUGCCGGCGGAUUCCGCAAAGACUUUCAGAAGCUGGGCAGUGCCUUCCAGGCCAUCAGCCAGGCCUUCCAGAUGGAUCCUCCUUUCAGCUCCGAGGCCCUCAACAGUGCCAUCUCGCACACAGGCCGGACCUACGAGACCGUGGGCGAGAUGUUCGCCGAGCAGCCCAAGAAUGACCUUUUCCACAUGCUUGACAUGCUGUCCCUCUACCAGGGCCUGCUCUCCAACUUCCCCGACAUCAUCCACCUGCAGAAAGGCGCCUUUGCCAAGGUGAAGGAGAGCCAGCGCAUGAGCGACGAGGGCCGAAUGGUGCAGGAUGAGGCAGAUGGCAUCCGCAGGCGCUGCCGAGUGGUGGGCUUCGCUCUGCAGGCUGAGAUGAGCCACUUCCACCAGCGCCGUGAGCUCGACUUCCAGCACAUGAUGCAGAGCUACCUGCGCCAGCAGAUCCUCUUCUACCAGCGUGUGGCCCAGCAGUUGGAGAAGGCCCUGCGCAUGUAUGACCACCUCUGACCUUGUGGGCCCCACCAAGGCCUGGUCACGGUGCGGCCGGAGCUUGGCGGGGGCAAGGUGGGCAGGAAAAGGGGCUUUGGAGGCAUCCCAGCCAACCUGCUUUGAGACAGCAGAGCAGGGCCAGGCUGCCCUCACCACCCCUGUUCACUCAGUGUCACCAUGGUCCUGGGCCAGUUGUUGUGCACCUGGGCUGGUGCCUGUCCCAGGGGAUGGCAAGGGUCAGAUACAAAAUCAGGCAAAGGAAAUACAGUGUGACGGGUGGCUGAGUAAGGGGCUCCUGUAAGCUCCCAGAUGGGUCCAAGCCCCCUAUCGGCCAGAGUAGGCAAUGUUCCAGCAGAAUGUCUUGAUGAGAUGAGUGACAAGGACCUGCCAGACAGCAAAUGGGAAGAAGAACUUUUGAGGAGAGGAUUCAUGUGGGGUCUUCUCUCCCUUACCUUUCCCAAGCAUGUUUGGUGUCCUCUCCAUAGGGACUCUGGCCUGGUGGCAGAGGGAAGGGAUGGUCCUUGCUUCUUGUCCUGCCUUUCCCUGCCCCACCCUGUCCCCUGCAGGAAGGGCUGCAGGGCAACUGCCUGCAGGCCUCUGCCUCCCCUCCCCUCCCCUGCUGUGCCCCCGCAUUCUCUUGCUUGGUUGCCAGGCAGCAUCCUUCCCCCUGGGCUUGGGGUGCAGGACAAGCCACAGACCAGAGGCCCUGGUGGCGCUUUCCUGGAGGGGACACCCUCAAGUUAUGGGAUAUUUGAGUUCCCCAGCAGUAACUGCCUUGCUCCAAGCCAGCCCAGACCCCAGCUCCCAGGGGCCUUGGCCAUGGAGGUGUCAUCUUCCAGAAUCCUUCCUGUUGCACUGUGGGAGCCCAGGAGAGAGCCAGGGAUUCCAGUUCCCAGCCCUUGGAAGCUCCUGGUCACCUCUGCUGUUUCCAGCCUAUGUUUACGUCCGCCGCCUCUCCUGGGCCAGGGCAUGGCCAAGCAGCAGCUGGGAGGACAGUGAUUGUCACCUCUGCCCCUAGGAGGUCUUGGUUUGCUCCUAGCUGCUGCUGCUUGAAUUUUUCUCUUUUUUUUUCUUUGUAAACCUUCCACUAUAAGAUGACAAGAGCACAACCUCUUCUGUGUGGAUCCUGGGAGGGCUGAGGGUGGGGAAGGCUGGACUCCAAAUUGACCCCCAGAGCCACUAGACGAGAUUUGGCAGUCACGGUAGGUCAGGUCAUUUUUUCCACAGACCCUCAACAGGUAGGGGAUGAGGAGCUAGUGGGAGGAGCUAGAGGUGGCCCAGACCCUGGAUAGUCUGUACAGCUGGGAAGAUAAGUUCAGUCCAUGCAGGCUUCCACUGUGCUGCUCCCGGUGCCCUGAGGGUUGUGGGAAGGAGGAAUGGGAGGCCACGCCUAGGACACUCCUGGGUACUUUCUGUCCCUCCCCCAUCAUCCUUGCUCUGCAGUGGGUCUAUGCUGGAAACUAAAGAGGCACUGCAGCUGGGCCCUUGUGGGGUACGUGGUCCAGGUGGGUAGGAGCUGUGCCUCUGGCACUGCAGAGGUAAGCAGAGUAGACACAGUCAUCUUCCAGUGGCCAUGGGGUUGGAGAUGGGCUGGGCGCCUCUCAGCAUCAGGGCUGCCCAGGGAGGCCUUGCCAGGCCAGGACUGGGCAGCGAGAGAUGGGCACAGGCCCUGCUCUUCAGGGCAGAAUGUCCUCACAGGAACUUCUGGAAUGGGUCCCCUGGCCCUAGGUCAACAUUAGGUCAGAUUUGGGACUUUUUGAGGAAUUUUCCCCUCUCCUUUCUCCUUCCUUUAUUUUUUGGCCCAUCUGCGGAGCUAACGUCUGCCCUAACUCUGCUCAGCUGUGUCAUCUGCAGAGUGCAGCUGAGUGUGGGAGGGACAGGAUCUCCUUCCCGAGGCAACCUGGAAGGUCCCCUGUUAGUCACCUGCCCUGGGGAGCUGUCACCCUCUCGUGUCCCUCUGAGAGGGCCACUUCCUGUGCCUGUGUCCUCAAGAUCAGUGAUUGGGAAGGGGUUGGACCUUGGAGAAGAAACAGGAAGUGGAGGCUUGGGAUAGGUCAGGCAUCCUGAGGUCCCUGGGUGGGGAAAGGUGUGUGGGGUGAGGAGUGGGGCAUCAUGGCCCUUCUGUCUUCUGAGUGGGUUGGGAUGUUGGGGAAUCUGGAGUUGUUCUGGGCUGGCCAGAACCCCUCUCAGCAGGAGACUGGGGAACCAGUAUCGGAGGAGGGGACACGCUGGUAGUAGCAGGGCUUGCUGGCCUUAGUCACAUGCCGGCAGCUGUUUCAGGCUGAGCUGGGCCCAGCUGCCUGCAGUUUCCUCCUUCGCUUUGCUCUGAGUGGGGUAGAAGACAAGGCUUCUUUUUCUGUCCUUGGUGGCUACUAGGACCUGGGUGGGGAUGAGGGGCCCCUGAUUCCCCAAUCCUGGCUGGCCAAGGAAACAGAGUCUGCUGUGUGGCCUCAUGUGGGGUGAGGAUGAAGUAGACCUUGGAUCCUAUGUCCCAUAGCCCUGGACACAGGAGAACUGGGAACCCUGUAAUACUGUGGCACCAGCUGGAGCAGAGCCAGGCCUGGAAGACCCUGAUGGUCCUGGCAGCACUGUGACAGAGCCCCAUGGUCAUCCACACAGUCCUGCUGCUUGCCCAGCAGCCACAGCUGGCCAUGUGCGCGCGCGCGCACACACACACACACACACACCCAUGUGCUCACGAGUUGCACCCAGCCACACUGCCACACAAGCAUAGACAUGGCCACAUAUGUGCUGCUGUCACUCAAGGUCUGCCUCAGCCACGUUGCCAUGCACAUCACCUCAGCCUUACUCAGUGUCAUACAUACUCAGCCAUACACCAAGUCAGGUACGCAUACAGAACAGGUGUCAUGCAAGCAUGGCUGCCCCUGAGCUGCACCCGUCACCUCCCAGGUCCUUAGUCCAGCUCACCAGAGAUUCCACAGGACUUGGAGGGACAAGCAGCCCCCAGGGGGGAGGUGUCCCCAAGGGGAGGAAAGGAAGCCACAAUAGCCCUGGGUCACAAUCCGAGAGGCCUGGUGUGUUGUCAGGUGAACGGACAAUGCCAAGUCCAACUCCUCACUGCACAGCCAGCGCCUCUGAGGUCUAGUGAUCACAGGGCCCACCACCUCACCCACCAGGUGGGGGACACUCCAGGGCCAGCUCCAGCUCCAGGCGGGCUCUGUGGCCUGGCCCUGCCCUCCCUGGGCCUAUUCCUGGGCCAGGCUGCUGGGAGGCCCCUGGCUGUGUCCACCCCACAGAGCUCCAGGCUUUGCCAUCUUUCCAGCCCCGGUUGAGCUGUGCUGUAUCUGCAAGGCAGGAACAGGAUAUGGUAGGCGGACCCAGGCUGGGCGGGAGGGACAUUCCUGUGUUGUGUCCUCCCAAGCAUGUGAGGACCAGGCCCGCCCCGCCUGCCUGCCUGCUGAGUCAGGCCUCCGGGAGCUAAGCCUGCACACCCCCACCCUCUUCGACCUGCUCCCCACCACUUGACCCAGAGCCUCUUGAGAGUCAGGAGACAGUGCUGGCCGGAAGAUCCUGGGGACAAGUGGAAGUGCACCUCCCCCAGUGGAGCUUGGAGCUCUGAAGGGCUGAUUGGGAAACCCAGCCCCCUGGAGUGAGCACACUCCUUUUUCUUUUGGUUUGAUUAGCCAACCCCAGUGAAGACCAGGCUAAAAAACAGUUCCGGCUGGGGAUUUAGCUCAGUGGUUCCUCCUGCUUCACUUCGCAAGUGCAAGGACAAAAAAACAACAACAACAACAAAAAGCAGUUCCUCCCAUAGCUGUGGCUUACUUGGUUUGCAUGCCAGCCUGGGUGACAUCUCAGUUCCAUUUCACAGACAAAAAGACUGAGGCUUGGCCAGGGAGGGUGAGAGUUACCUAGGAUCCCACAGCAAGGCCAGGCAGUGCUGGACUGGAACCCAGUUCUCUGGCUUCAUUCCAGAGUUUGAACUGAUGAAGUUGCUUAGGUCCAAGGGAAGAGGGGGUAGCAGAUCUCUGCUUCAGAGGGGAAAGUGGCAGGCUGGAGAGCCAACUGCUGAAAGGUGAGGGGGCUUGAAGUGCCUGAGGAUGGGGUGAGUCUGGCAGCCUCACAGAGACAAAGUCUGAAGGCAGCUCAGCAUGUGAAUCCAGCUCUGUUUGCAAAAGAACCUGUGUGAGGAGCCUAACUUCAUUUUCCCAGUCCUCCCUGGAUUUCUUUCCAUUCACCCACAAGGUAGAAAAGUCAUCACUAAUGAUUCGGGAGCCCUGCCUUCAGGCCUCUAUCUGAGUUUUGGGGAUAGCACAUUUGAAGACUUUGGGCAAGACCCCAGCACUUUUGUUCAUUGAUUCAUUCAAGACACUAGGUAGCCUGGGCCUUGAACUCACUGUGUAACCCAGACUGGCCUCGAACUCUCCAUCUUCUUGCCUCAGCCUCCCGAGUGCUGGGUUUACAGGUGUGCACCGCCAUGCUGGCAGAGGUUUACACACUGAAGCCCACAUAUUCAACUGUAACUGUACACUACAUUAAAGAGUUUGGUUUACUACUUGAA